UAUAAGUCCGGCCCCGGCAAGAAACUUCAAUUUGUUGGCUGCGGCAGCAGGUAGCAAAGUGACCGCAAGGGCCUGAGUGCUCCAGUAGCCACCGCGUCCGGAGAACCAGCGGUUACCAUGGAGGGGAUCAGUAUAUACACUUCAGAUAACUACACGGAGGAAAUGGGCUCAGGGGACUAUGACUCCAUAAAGGAACCCUGCUUCCGUGAAGAAAAUGCUAAUUUCAAUAAGAUCUUCCUGCCCACCAUCUACUCCAUCAUCUUCUUGACUGGCAUUGUGGGCAAUGGAUUGGUCAUCCUGGUCAUGGGUUACCAGAAGAAACUGAGAAGCAUGACGGACAAGUACAGGCUGCACUUGUCAGUGGCCGACCUCCUCUUUGUCAUCACGCUUCCCUUCUGGGCAGUUGAUGCCGUGGCAAACUGGUACUUUGGGAACUUCCUAUGCAAGGCAGUCCAUGUCAUCUACACAGUCAACCUCUACAGCAGUGUCCUCAUCCUGGCCUUCAUCAGUCUGGACCGCUACCUGGCCAUCGUCCACGCCACCAACAGUCAGAGGCCAAGGAAGCUGUUGGCUGAAAAGGUGGUCUAUGUUGGCGUCUGGAUCCCUGCCCUCCUGCUGACUAUUCCCGACUUCAUCUUUGCCAACGUCAGUGAGGCAGAUGACAGAUAUAUCUGUGACCGCUUUUACCCCAAUGACUUGUGGGUGGUUGUGUUCCAGUUUCAGCACAUCAUGGUUGGCCUUAUCCUGCCUGGUAUCGUCAUCCUGUCCUGCUAUUGCAUCAUCAUCUCCAAGCUGUCACACUCCAAGGGCCACCAGAAGCGCAAGGCCCUCAAGACCACAGUCAUCCUCAUUCUGGCUUUCUUCGCCUGCUGGCUGCCUUACUACAUUGGGAUCAGCAUCGACUCCUUCAUCCUCCUGGAAAUCAUCAAGCAAGGGUGUGAGUUUGAGAACACUGUGCACAAGUGGAUUUCCAUCACCGAGGCCCUAGCUUUCUUCCACUGUUGUCUGAACCCCAUCCUCUAUGCUUUCCUUGGAGCCAAAUUUAAAACCUCUGCCCAGCACGCACUCACCUCUGUGAGCAGAGGGUCCAGCCUCAAGAUCCUCUCCAAAGGAAAGCGAGGUGGACAUUCAUCUGUUUCCACUGAGUCUGAGUCUUCAAGUUUUCACUCCAGCUAACACAGAUGUAAAAGACUUUUUUUAUACGAUAAAGAACUUUUUUUAAAGUUACACAUUUUUCAGAUAUAAAAGACUGACCAAUAUUGUACAGUUUUUAUUGCUUGUUGGAUUUUUGUCUUGUGUUUCUUUAGUUUUUUGUGAAGUUUAAUUGACUUAUUUAUAUAAAUUUUUUUUGUUUCAUAUUGAUGUGUGUCUAGGCAGGACCUGUGGCCAAGUUCUUAGUUGCUGUAUGUCUGGUGGUAGGACUGUAGAAAAGGGAACUGAACAUUCCAGAGCGUGUAGUGAAUCACGUAAAGCUAGAAAUAAUCCCCAGCUGUUUAUGCAUAAAUAAUCUUUCCAUUCCCGUGGAACAUUUUUCCUGUUCUUAAGACGUGAUUUUGCUGUAGAAGAUGGCACUUAUAACCAAAGCCCAAAGUGGUAUAGAAAUGCUGGUUUGCCAGUUUUCAGGAGUGGGUUGAUUUCAGCACCUACAGUGUACAGUCUUGUAUUAAGUUGUUAAUAAAAGUACAUGUUAAACUUA